AUGAAUCAGGUAUGGGACUCCGUCUCGUCAACGUCCGCUGCUCUCUCGGUCCGUAUUGGUGGCUGUCUAGUGGACGGCCACGACACUCGUGUGGCUCAGAUUUUACUGGAACGUAUCCACGAAGCUGUGGACUUUGCGACGUUGCAGGAAGACGUGACGGUGCUUGUCGUGGAUCACGGUACUCCGAGUCGUGACGUGCAUGAGUCACGCGAGUUUGUAGCGAACGAACUGCGUGAGUUGCUGAAGACCAACCAGCGUGUGAAGCUCGUCGGUACUGCGUGUAUGGAGCGUCGUGAAGGUGCCGAAUACGACUUUAACGACCCUCUGCUGGCUGUAGCGCUGGAUCACUACAACGUGACUAAGGGGAUCGUUGUAUGUGCCAAAAUGUUCUUCUCCAAUGGCCGUCACGCGGGCGAGAAAGGAGACAUCGAAGAGAUCAUUAAGGACGUCCGUGCCAGACACACAGACGUGGACGUUCGCGUCACGGAGGCGCUUGGAACGCACGAGCUGUUGGCCGAGAUCUUGCAAGAUCGCUACCGUGCUGCGUUGUCCAAGGAGACGUCGGACUACACUCUCACACUGAGCAAGUAA